AUGAGCCCUCUCCGGAAAUUUGCCCGAGAUCGCAGUCUCAUCGCCGUGGUGGUGCUUCUUGUUUGCGGCAUCGCCGUGGUGUUGACCCACAGGACUCCCUCCCCGAUCAGCCACGAGGCUAUCACCCGCCAUAUUCUUAAUAACAUCAACCCCGACCUGGUGGCCUCGUCUCCCGAGCCCAUUGAGUACAUCCAGUCGCAGAUCGAGACCUACUACACCAGAAAACUUUUCAGGUCCAUCGAAGACCAUGUCCACUUACAGGAAGCCAUCAAGGCUGACUACGCCUCUCACAACCACGAACAGUUGGUCAAUGAGAUCGUGCGCGAGGUGUCGCAGGACCCCCAGGUGGCAGAGCUGCCAGAGUUGGUCCAGAAAGUGGAAUCGGCAUUGAACCAUCGGUACUCGAAAAAGGCUUACUACGACGACAUCCUCGAGCACCUCAUCUUGCACAACGCUCCCCAGUGCCCGGCUGUCGACAGGGUUGACUCCAUCUUCGGCUACUCCUACAACUACGUGGGCAGUCCCUGCUUCUCUAAAUCGUAUAUCACCAGCUUGGGUAAGACUCUUCCCGAAUCCUCGUUCCACGAGCUCCAGAAGAAGCACGACAACUUGGUGCGAGCGUUGCGGGACUUGCCUGAGCCUCCCAAGUCGUUCGUGCAUGGAGACGGUAUCGUCAUCAACGGUGGAGGCGCUUACCUCAUGGGAGCUUUGACAGUGGUGGCUCAGAUUCGUGAGAUGGGCUCGGUAUUGCCAGUGGAGGUAGUGCUCGCCUACCACUCGGAGUACGACGACCAUAUCUGCGAGACGUUGUUGCCACGGUUGAACGGCAGCUGUGUGGUGGUGGAGUCUGCCAUUGGAGCGUCGUUGUUGAAAAAGCUCAAGCUCAAGCGGUUCCAGUUGAAGAUCUUGGGCCUUUUGGUGUCGUCGUUCGACAAUAUCAUCGCAUUGGACGCUGACAAUUUUCCCAUCCAGAACGUGGACAAAUUGCUCGAGUCCGAGGUGUACCUCAAGAACAAGUUCAUUUUGUGGCCUGACCUCUGGCACAAGGCCACGUCGCCUUCGUACUACGAUAUUGCCAGAUUUAAACUUGGUGAGCCCAAUCGUCGCCAGGGCCUCCAGAACAGUGACAGCUACACCGACUACAUCCAGCGCAACAGGGACACCGACAUUCUGUUGCACGACUUGGAAGGCGCUCCUCCUGCCAUGGGAGCCGAAACUGGCCAGAUGGUGUUCUCCAAACGGGCCCACUACCGCAGUUUUCUCCUUGCAUUAUACUACAAUGUCUACGGCUACUCGCACUACUACGAGCUCCUCUUCCAAGGAGUGUUUGGCGAGGGCGACCGGGAAACGUUCAUUCCUGCUCUCCAUGUGAUGAACGAGCCCUACUACCUUGUUACCAGGGAUGCCUGGCUCGCAGGCUACCAGGACGGCGAAGAUAACUUCCAGGAAUCCACGAUUGUCCAGUACAGCCCUCAGGAAACCGAGGACUUCUUUGAUGACUGGCGGGACUGGUUGUUCUCCAAGGGCUUAGACUCCCGGUUGUGGCCUUACCAGGACAACGACUACACGCGAGAGUUGUUUUCCAACUACAAAUCCGACAGAGGCGACAAGGCCAGAAUCCCCAGUGUGAUGUUUUUGCACGUCCACAAUCCUAAAAUCAAUGCUGCUAUCAACGCCCAGAAGAAAACCAAAACUAGUGAUCAAAUAUACACUAGAAGAAGCCUCGGUCUACCUGGAAGGUACCCCUGCUUCGGCGAGACUGACUGGGAGCUCAAGUUCCACUCGAUCUCGAAAUGGCUUGCCUGCGACGCAUUGUCGGGCAAGCAUUUCUGGAAGCACAUCUCGAAGCUUCCACAAAAGAAGGUAUGCGAGGCGGUGUCGAAGUACGUGGACUUUUUGAAGAGGGAUAGUCCCAACGUUGGCUCCGCUAAAUUGGAUUUCUUGUCGAUUAUCGAAGGGGUGGACCAGAACAACUAA